AUGCUGUACAUAAUAUAGCACACCAUAGAUAUAAUUUAAAAAACAACUUGUAAUCACGACUGUAGGUACGAUACUACGAUAUUGUAUAUUGGUAGUAUAUAAUUUGGUACCCAAUUGUAUUUGUAUUUUGUAAUACGUUGGUGGGCUAUUUAACAUGAAAAUUGACUUGUAGUGAAUUAGAUCAACAUGGACUCCAGCUCAACAUCAGUUCCACCAGAUAUUUCAAACUCCGAUGACAGUAACUAUAAAUAUAUAGAUGGUGUAUGUUUUUACACAGAUCCAAAUACUAAAAAAGAGUAUACUUGGAAUAAAGAAAAAAAAACUUGGGCUGAAAAAGGCUUUGAAAAUUAUGAAUAUGAUGAAAUUUUAAAAACAUACAAAUAUACUGAUAAACAAACAAAUAUUUCCUACUUAUGGGAUCUCAACUCUAAUAAAUGGGAAGUUCAAAAAAGAGAAACCAUAAGUUUGGUAGAAGACAAAACCUUUGAUGAUAUUAAUGAUGGAGAAGAAUUUGAUGAUGAUGAUGAUGAAAAAGGAAGAAUUCAGCGUACAGUAAAGCGGCAAGAUAUGAGCAAAGGAAAGUAUGGACAUGAUGGUUUAACUCAAACUUAUACUGAUCCAGCUGAUGGAACAGUUUACAUUUGGGAUAGAGAAAAAAAUGCUUGGUUUCCUAAGAUUGAUGAUGAUUUUAUGGCUCAUUAUCAACUCAGUUAUGGAUUUAAUUCAAGUGACAAUUCUGCUGUGAACAUAAAUAGUGCAAAUACAUUGAAAACAAAUACUAAUGGAGCUCAAAGUAUAGAAAAUAAAUCUGAAUCUACCUUGGAUGCUUCUGGUGUAAAAUCUGAACCUGAAAAAAGGAAACUACCACAACCUUCUGAACCAAAUUGGUUUGAGAUCGACGAAGAGCAUAACACCAAAGUAUACGUCUCAAAUUUGCCAUUAGAUAUAACUGAACAGGAAUUUAUUGAUUUAAUGCAAAAAUGUGGAUUGGUCAUGAAAGAUAUCGAUAAUGGUCAAAUGAAAAUUAAGCUUUAUACUGAACGAGGCACAAACAUUCUUAAAGGAGAUGCUCUAUGCACAUAUAUAAAGAAAGAAUCAGUAGAUCUAGCAUUGAAGUUGUUGGAUGGUUACGUAUUUCGCGAAAAAGAGAUCCGCGUGGAAAAAGCCAAAUUUACUAUGCGUGGAGAAAAGUAUGACCCAUCAUUAAAACCAAAAAAGAAAAAGCGAAAAGAUAAAGAAAAGAUGAAAAAAAUUCAAGAAAAGUUAUUUGAUUGGAGGCCUGACAAAAUUGUGGGUGGAAGAGGAAAACAUGAAAAUGUUGUGAUUGUCAAAAAUCUAUUUGAAAAAGAAACAUUUGACAAUGAUGUCUCAUUACUCUUAGAAUAUCAAAGAGAUCUCAGGGAAGAAUGUUCAAAAUGUGGUGUAGUGAAAAAAGUAAUUGUGUAUGAUAGACAUCCAGAGGGCGUUGCUCAAAUCAAUUUUAAGGAACCUGAUGCAGCUGAUGCUUGUGUGCAACUAUUAAAUAAUAGGUGGUUUGGACAAAGAAAGAUUACUGCUGAAACAUGGGAUGGAAAAACUAAAUACAAAGUCACUGAAACACCUGAAGAAACUGAAGAACGUUUAAAGAAAUGGGAGACAUAUUUAGUAGCCACUGGUAGUACUGAAAAGAAUGAUGCUCAUGAAUCUGAUAGUGACUCUGUAAAAACAAAAAGUGGUGGAGAAAGUGAUGAUGAAGCGCCUUCAACUAAUCAGACUACAAAUAAUGAAAAUAAAGAUAAGUCCGAGUCAAAUUAGUCUUCUCCAGCAGGAAUAGCAUCUUCUAACCUUUUGUUGAAUUUUAUUCGCAAUUCAGUGGCCAAAUCACCUUUAAGUUGAUCUUGCACAAACCAACAAGACACAUCCAUUUGUACCUAACAUAUAACAACUAAUUAUAAUAUUUUUAAUUAUAUUUUGUUUGUACAAAAAUUAUUUGAACACAAAAAUUGUUAAAACAUACAUUUUAUUUAUAUCUCAACACAAUAAAGCGCUAGAGAAUAAUA